AUGUCUGAUGCUGAGGAUGAAGUGCUUGAGGAAGAGGAGCAGGAAACAGAGGAACCACAGUCGGGGGCCAAUCCAGAUGUGACACUGGAUCCUGACGACAAUGAGGAGGAAGAAAAGGAUAAAGAGGAAGAGGGGGCAGAGGAGCCAGAACCAGAGGAGGAGGUGAGAAGAAGGGUUAUUUUGGAAAAUGAUAAGUGCAUAGCUUUAUAAAAGCAAUGCACUACGUAGAGCAAACAAGGAGAUCUUAGUGAUUUUCUCACCUCUCUAUUAAGCCCUUAAGGACACAUGACAUGUGUGACAUGUCAUGAUUCCCUUUUAUUCCAGAAGUUUGGUCCUUAAGGGCUUAAAAUAUAUAGCUGCAGCUACUGAACACAAUAACUCCUUGAGUGACCAGAGUAAAUUAGAACAUUAUGGUCUUGUUAUAACUUAAGAUAGAUUUAUAUCCAUGCAAGAGUCUUAUUGAACCAUAGUACACCCAGAUCUUCAUGUCAGAGAUUUCCUCAACCUUAUUUCAUAGUAUCUAGAUGCCAAUGCCUUAAUAAACCAUUAUCUGCAUGCCUGGGUCUUUACUACUUCCCACGUCACCAUACUUUUGUAUGCUAAAACUUCUUGAAGUGUAGAACACCCUUUACAUGCACUUCAAGAACUUAAACUUGCUACACUCUUAUGCGUGGGUCACUGUUGAACCUUAGUACAUAAUUAUUUCUGCCCUGAGCCUUGAUGAAGCUUUGUGCAUGCUCAUCGCCUUGUCAAGACAUGCUUGUCUCCAUGCUAGAGCUUUCCUUAACCUAAGUACAUAUGUUAUCUCUAUACCAGAGGCUCAGGCUGAACCUACACCCCCAUAUUACCAAACUUACCCUAGUCAAUUUAUAACUCCAAUCAGAACCUUGUUGUAUGUAAGGAUACCCCAUACUAAUAUUGCCAGAAACUGGUGAACCUUGGUAACCCCAUAUUUCCAAAUCUCCCAGCCAGGAAAUGUGUUCCUCCAUACUAGAGGUACAUUCUCAGUGUUUAACAUUUUAUUGGGGGUACAUAUAAAUAAAUCCAUGUUUGAUUAGGUUAUGGGGUGUUUAUUGCAGUUUAGUGUUUUGUGUUUGACUUGAUGUCACUAUUUACUUUUGUUUUGGACAUAGCUCCCACACGUUCCCAUCACAGAGGAAAUGCUGAAGGAAGGGUUGUCACUACUCUGUAAGACAGGAAAUGGAUUGGCUCAUGCCUUCGUCAAACUGGAAAUUAAAGAAAAGUAAGUAUCAGUAAAAGCAUCUGAGGGUCAUCCAUAACAGGCUAGCCCCUUGCCAUUAGAAUUACAUUCCAUAUCUCACUCACCUAUAGCUCACUCACUCUGUACUUUACUUGAACACUACAUCUGCUUUACUCACCCUGUACUUUACUUAAACUCUACACCUGCUUUACACACUCUGUACUUUACUUAAACUCUAAUCCUUAUUUUAUAUCUUAUUCUCAAUUAUUUAUAUAUGUUAAAUAGAGGAUCUCUUACUAACUAUAUAAAAUUAUGGCUAAGAUAUCUGUAUGGUUAGCCCUACUAAGUUCUAUGCUUUAAGACAUUAUAGUGGUAAAUAAGGGAACCACUCACGGUUACAACCCUGUACUUUACUUAAACUCUACACCUGUUUUACACACCACACUCUGUACCUUAGUUAAACUCUACACAUGAUGUACCCACUCUGUGCCAUGCCUUAGUUAAUCUCUACACCUGCUUUACACACUCUGUACCUUAGUUAAACUCUAUACCUGCUUUACACACUCUGUACCAUAGUUAAACUCUAUACCUGCUUUACACACUCUGUACCAUAGUUAAACUCUACACAUGAUUUACCCACUCUGUGCCUUAGUUAAACUCUAUACCUGCUUUACACACUCUGUACCUUAGUUAAACUCUAUACCUGCUUUACACACUCUGUACCUUAGUUAAACUCUACACAUAAUUUACACACUCUGUGCCUUAGUUAAUCUCUACACCUGCUUUACCCACUCUGUGCCUUAGUUAAACUCUACACCUGCGUUACCCACUCUGUGCCUUAGUUAAGUGUUCUUGCAUAGCAAGACCACUUAAUGUUAUCUCACAUAUAUAUAUAUUAUUAUUAUUAUUAAGUGUUCUUCCAUAGCAAGCCCACUUAAUAUUAUCUCACAUAUAUAUAAUUCUUAUUAUAGCCAAAUUUACCACACUAACUCCUCCCACAGUUUUUACACUACAUAGACCGUAAUAUACCGAAACGUGCGGAUUGUUCCCGAUUGGUGUGCUCUUACAUUGUGAAACAUUUCGCGGAAUGGUUCACGGAAUAUCGUCGUUCUUGUGGCGAAAUUGGUCCCAUAGUAAUGAAUGGCAAAAUGUUCAAAACUAGAGUGGGAGCUGGCAAAAGCUGAAAAAUCAGGACAUGAUUUCUAAACUGCCACCACUCCCUCAUUUUCAAGCCCACCUACACAAAUCUUAUAUCAAAACGUUCAGCUAUCCCUGCUGCCACUAAAAAUGUCCACGGCUAAGCCAUAGUCCUGAUCGUUUUCACAAUAUGACCAUUUGUUUGCAACUCACGCUGUCCAUUGACAUUCAUUGAAACUCCACUCUAGCCAGCUAAAAUUUGAAGGGCAAUUUCUAAACUGCGACUGUGCCCUCAUUUUGAAUAUUUCAGAGACAUACUAUGCAUCAAAAUGUAGGUCUGGGUCUUGUGAUUCUCACAAUAUAAAGCGCUUUGCUGUAGGAUGUAUAGUUUUUAAAACCGUUUGAAGAUGGCAACUGCCAAAAUACUCUGACCUGUGCCAGGCUGGAGCAGCAAGUGAUGUCAUAGACAGUGCCUUUUGUACACCUGCUAAGGUUUUUAUAAAUGUAUGUUUUAACCUCUUCAGGACCGUCAUCGGCAUUUUUCCAUUGCCGACCGGUGACAGUCCUGAACCGUCCUAAUGGUCCAAUGUACUUACCCGAUCGCCGUCGUUCCCCCGGCGGUGAUCGGUGUUGCUCCCGUUGUGGGGAGACUGCCUGCAGCCCAGACAGUCUCCCCACGGCAGAUUAGGAUCCCUGUGGCCAUGUGAUCGCUCAACAGAGCGAUCACAUGGUCACAAUGUGUCUGCCUGCAGGGGGACUGCCUGUGCUGACAGGCAGUCUUCCUGCAUGUGUAAAAUCAUUAAAAGAAAUAACUGUUAAUGUUAAUAAAAAAAUUCUAAUUAUAUAUGUGUAUAUAAAUAUGAUAGAUAGACAUUUAUUAUAUCUAUAUAAUAUAUGUCUAUAUAUCAUAUAUAUAUAUAUAUAUAUAUAUAUAUAUAUAUAUAUAUAUACAUAUACACAGUCAGGUCCAUAAAUAUUGGGACAUCGACACAAUUCUAAUCUUUUCGGCUCUAUACACCACCACAAUGGAUUUGAAAUGAAAUGAACAAGAUGUGCUUAAAGUGCAGACUUUCAGCUUUAUUUUGAGGGUAUUUACAUCCAAAUCAGGUGAACGGUGUAGGAAUUACAACAGUUUGUAUAUGUGCCUCCCACUUUUUAAGGGACAUCUAUAAACCUUAGUUCAUCUAUAAACCUGCUUUACCCACUGUGUGCCUUAGUUAAUCUCUAUACCUGCUUUACACACUCUGUACCUUAGUUAAACUCUACACAUGUUUUACACACUCUGUACCUUAGUUAAACUCUACACAUGUUUUACACACUCUGUACCUUAGUUAAACUCUACACCUGUUUUACCCACUCUGUGCCUUAGUUCAUCUAUAAACCUGCUUUACCCACUGUGUGCCUUAGUUAAUCUCUAUACCUGCUUUACACACUCUGUACCUUAGUUAAACAUUACACCUGCUUUACACACUCUGUACCUUAGUUAAACAUUACACCUGCUUUACACACUCUGUACAUUGUAAACAUGCUUUUUCUCUGGACAUUAGUUUCAUACACCCUGCAACUUAUGUAAACAUGCUGCAUUUGACCUACUCAGACAUUUUACCUUUUUACACUUAAAAUUAAAAAUUUUACACUUUCAACCUUAUUUAAAUACUCUUCAUUUUACAUUCCCUCUGCACUUUACUUACACACGCUAAAUAAUUAAUUCCUUUUUCAUAUAAUUGUAGCGCUCAUACACGCACAUUUUUUAUAUGACCUAUUUCUAAGUCGCUGGAUGAUGUUGUGAAGCUGCCCAUGGUUUAUUUUUACCUUAUUCUAUAUGUUAUUACCUACCGGUACUUGUUUCGAUUAGUGUCACACUACUUACACAUUGUACACCUUAUCUGCAUGCAGACUGCACCUUAUACUAUGAGCCUUAUUUACACAUUCUGUACCUUUUUUCUGCACUUUACCACACUCUUCAUCUCACUUUCACUCUUCACCUCACUUAGACACACACUCUCUCUACCUUAUUGACACACACAGCACCUUAUUUGCAGACAGUGUGCACCUUAUUAAACUUACUUACAAGUAUGUUACACCUUAUUAUCUUCCACAUACCACAGAGUCCUGCAACCAUUAUAUUAUCUCCAUACAUCACUUGCUCUGCCGUUGUGUUGUACACAGAUUGCAGACACUUGCCCUACAGUCUAGAAUCACCAAUAUCUAUGUAUAUGCUGCUGAUAGUGCCCCCAGUCCACUACAUAAUCGUGUCAUGCAGCCAGUCUUUCUAAUAUUGCAGUAUAUCACUGCCAUUUCCAUGGUGGUGUAUCCAAGUUGUGCCCUGGAUUCUAUGCUUCUAAUAUAUCAGUGUAUAUAUGGCAGUGUCCCUGGAUAGUUCUCUCAACUACUGCUCAGGACUGCAGAGUAACCCUUGUUACUGUUCUCAUUAUUGCCUCUAACAUAUGGUCUAGCCAAUCAAUAUCUUCUGUUUUGCAUUACAGAGAGCUGACUGACAUCUCGCCUGUACAAUCCUUUAUUCACCUACGAUAUGUGGAUUUUUCCCAGAAUGCUCUACGGGACAUCUCCCCCGUAGCGGCUCUUACUCACCUUUUAAGUCUGCGGUUGGAUCAAAAUCAACUUCUCAAUGUGGCAGGGUUGGGAGAGCUUCCUUACCUGCAAAUUGCCAGCCUGGCACAGAAUCGCAUUCAAACAUUGCAAGGACUGGCACUGCCACGCCUGGAAUCACUCAACUUAAUAGGUUAGUAUUGGUCUCAACUGGAUCUGCGUUUAUAUAUACAGUAUAUACAUGUGUGUGUAUAAACUUGGAGAUGAUAUUAUGCUUCACUGUUAUGUAUCUUUUAUAUUACACAAUAUUUUAGGUUAGGGUUAGUGUUAAAGGGACACUAAAGUCACCCAGACCACUUCAGCUCAAUUAAGUGGUCUGGGUGCCAGGUUCCUCAGGUUUUAACCCUUCACAUGUAAACAUAACAGUUUCAGAGAAACUGCUAUGUUUACAUUUGGGGUUAAUCCAGCCUCUAGUGGCUGUCUUCCGGACAGCCACUAGAGGCGCAUCUGCGACGCUUGAGGCGAAUUGAGAAAUGCUUUCCUAUGGACACUUUGAAUGCGCGCGCGGCACUUGCCGCCCAUGUGCAUUUGGCUUCAGUGACGUCGGACGGGGAGGAGAGGUCACCACCGCCUGGCGCUGCAUUAAGGUAAGCUGCUGAAGGGGUUUUAACUGCUUUGUUUUCCUGACACUAUAGUGAUCCUUUAAGGUAGUGUAGAGGUUAAUGUUAAGGUACAGUAGGGGUUAAACUGUAGUGCCCUAUUGGACACUAUAGGUUUCUGGCCCCCAAAUGCAGGGUGUUAAAAAGGCAAAUUUACUUAUGUUUUCUACCUCGCUGCGCCAGUUUCUGUGUCUGGCACGGCCUCCUUGGUGAGAUCAUCAAAAUCAAUGAUCGUAAAUGCUUUCCCAGAGGAAAUCAUUGGGAGGCUAGUGGCCAUGCGCUCCAAAACACUGAAAAUCAGAUGGUCUGGUGGUUUUGUAGAACAACAAUGUUUCUAGCUGCAGGGUGAGGGAGAGGGGAUGUUCAAUAUAUAUGUCCUAGUGCUACUUGAGAUUAGCAUAAAUUGCGGUCCAUGAUGGUAGCUGAUGUCAGGUAUCGCUGAAAGUGCAAAACUCACUAACCUUGGCAAGACAGACUUGUACUUUAGAUAAACUCAAACAACCUUCAUGCAUUAGUACAUAUUUCAGACCCAAGUUUUUCUCACUCUGUGUAGGGAAUGAGUUGCGUACUGUAGACAGCCUGGACUGCAGUAAGCUCUGCAGCUUACACACAUUGGAACUGCGAGGGAAUCAACUGCAGAGCACAGCUGGACUGAACCUACCCAACUUACGGGAGCUCUAUCUGGUGAGGGCACGAAUGUAGUGCGAGGGAGAAUUUAGCCAUGUUGGCUAUUCUGGUUUAAAACUCAUAAUUGGUCAUUCCUGGUGUAGAGAAUUACCUUGUAUGUGUGAAUGAAGUCUGUAUAGAAAUCUGGAGUGAACAAACCCUUUAUGCAUUCAGAAUGUGGGUUUGUGUGAAUUAAUGCUGCAUGGGGGGUAUGAUUGAAAGAUGUGCGUUAAGAGUGUAUGUGCGUGGAUGUGUGAAUGAGGAAGAUGUGUGGAUGGGAAUCAGGAUUGCAUGUGUGAAUGAAUGUAAUAUGGGGAUUGGGACAUUUUUAAUGCAAUGUAUGCAUUGGAAAUGUGUUUCUAAUAUAACAAAACAGGUCACUGGCUCAGGCAAGAAACAACAGAACACUUAGCUACACGGCAGACUUAAAGUGAAGGAGUCCUUUAACCCCUUAAGGACACAUGACGUGUGACAUGUCAGGAUUCCCUUUUAUUCCAGAAGUUUGGUCCUUAAGGGGUUAAUUAAAGAAGCUGGUUCUCUAGCUGUAAUCCAACCCCAGGAUAUAGUACUGAAGCCAUGUAGCAGCUGGCUGGAGCAGAGUUAUGUGAUGCAUUGCUACUUGGAUGUAUUGAAAACAACUCAUGUUUUCAUUUUUGUUAAAAAUAUACAUUAUUUCAAUAUGUUUAGACAGCAUAUUAGCUUAGCAAAUUUCAGAGACAGAGUGUGUUGACACACGUUUUUAACACCUAAAUCAUCUAACACCUUUCAAUCUGGGUUCUGCUUAAUCAUAUGGAUAUGGAAAUUGGCUGUGGGUGUGUGACUAAGGCUUUGUGUGAAGUUCAGCAUUUGUGUAUGGAAAAAAAGGCUCUGUGUAUGAAGGCUGUGUGUGCGUUAUUAAAAACUUAGUGUGUAUGUGUAUGAAUGCAGGGCAUAUUUGUGUGAAUGAAAAGUUUCUGAGUGUGCAUGAAUGAUAAACUGUGUGUGUGUAGGAAUGAAGCUUAUACACAAUGUAUAUUUGAUUGUAUGAAGGUUGUUAGUGUGUUUGCUUGAUGAGGAUCGUUGUCUUCCAGGCUCAAAAUAAUAUUAAAAGUUUGGAGGGUCUGGAGUAUCUUGUACAUCUAACCAGCCUCCACCUUCGAGACAACCAGCUUGAGAUUCUGGAUGGGUUCUCAGAGAAGAUGCAGGCCUUACAGUACCUUAAUAUCCGGUAAGUGAUUAAAUCUUAAUAGCUACACGUUAUUUGCUUACGAUGGUAGUCUGUGUAAGAGCUGGUGUAGCACAGAAAUUGCCUGGUAAUAGGGCCACAAAUGUGUAUGUAUUAAUCAAGAAAAGUGUGGUGAUACCUUGUAUUAUUAUGAGGCAUAGCUUCAGGUCAUAUCAAGUCUGGGAUGGAGUGAUGUAGGCAAUGCAAAUAUAACAACCUUUCAUGGUGGAUGUGGAAGAAGGCAGAGUGGGAGAGAAGACAUGAGACGCUUGCUGGGAUCUGGACAGCAGGUGUGAAUGGAUGAGUAACAUAGCUUGCACAAACACCUGAGGAUGAAUGGGGGAAAAAAGAAUUAUCAAAAACAUUGCAGACAAUACACAAGACUAAAGUAUUUAGUGAUACAACUUACACCAAUAUGAGUACAUAAAUCAUAACAGAUAAUAGAGCUGGUCAAAUAUGGCCUCGUAAGUCAGCAAAAACAAGCUCUGUUCAAUUUUUUUAAAUUAAUUGAUCAUAUGAUAUACGUUUAUAUUCCAACAGGGUAACUCACCAAAAGUUUAAGACCAAAAUAGCCAAAUUGAAAAUAGAUAAUUUUUUUCUGAUUCAGCUAUUUUGCCCUAAAAUAUGAAAAUCUAAAUAAACCUGUUAGUGUGUCUAGCCAUGCCAUGCGUUUCUUCAUGCUCAAGUACCAUUUUCAUCUAAUUUGCUUCUGUAUAUUAUCUUUGAAAUAAAUGAACUUUUCACUAAAAUGGAGAUCUUGAGAAAUUACAAUUAUCAUGGUUCACUAAACCUGAACUGUGAACUGAAAUAGGAAUUCAAAAUUUUAGGUAAAAAAUAGCGAAACCGGGAAACUGUCCAACUCCGCAAUUUAUUGAGCUCUCUAAUGUAUGUUUCGCUGCGUCUUUCUUUAUUCACUCUAACUCUCUCCACCUUCAGGGGUAACUUGGUUAGCAACCUGCUAGAGAUCCCCAAGCUGCAGUGUCUCCCGAUGCUGCGGGCACUCGUAUUACGUGAGAAUCCAUGUGAUGAAGAAGAGGGCUAUCGUAUGGAGGUCCUCAUUGCGCUGCCUAACCUGCAGCGGCUUGAUAAGGAAUUCUUUGAGGAGGAGGAGAGGAUGGAGGCAGCAGAAACAUUGAAAACAAGACUGGAGGAGAAGGUAAUGAACAGGCAAAUUCAUGGGGCUGUUUAACUGUUGUACAGUGCUGUGGAAUAUGUUGGCUUAAAGGAACACUAUAGUCACCUAAAUUACUUUAGCUAAAUAAAGCAGUUUUAGUGUAUAGAUCAUUCCCCUGCAAUUUCACUGCUCAAUUCACUGUCAUUUAGCCACACCUCCCAUGAUUGACAGAGCCUGCAUGAAACAAAAAACUGGUUUCACUUUCAAACAGAUGUAAUUUACCUUAAAUAAUUGUAUCUCAAUCUCUAAAUUGAACUUUAAUCACAUACAGGAGGCUCUUGCAGGGUCUAGCAAGCUAGUAAGAAAAUCUUAAUUAAACAGAACUUGCAAUAAAGAAAGCCUAAAUAGGGCUCUCUUUACAGGAAGUGUUUAUGGAAGGCAGUGCAAGUCACAUGCAGGGAGGUGUGACUAGGGUUCAUAAACAAAGGGAUUUAACUCCUAAAUGGCAGAGGAUUGAGCAGUGAGGCUGCAGGGGCAUGUUCUAAACACCAAAACUGCUUCAUUACGUUAAAGUUGUUCAGGUGACUAUAGUGUCCCUUUAAUAUAAACCAGCUGCAAUUAUGUGCAUGUAAAUUAGUAGGUUAUUCUUAUGUAUAUAUAACAUUUGAGAUGAACAUUAAAACCGCAGUAGAAAGAGACAGACUGGCUGAUUGAGAGUAUAAAUGUGUAAAAAGGUUCAGCUGCAUGUUUGCUGUCACAGAGCACUGGCUAUAAGCAUAAAGUUAAGAAGGUACGACUGUAUGCAUAUGGGAUAGUAGGUGGACUGGUUAUCCAUAAAGGUGCUGGGAGCAUGCGGCUGUGUGAUAGCAGAUUUGGUGGAUGACUAGCUGCGUGCAUCCCAGCACAGUGAACUGACUGCAUGGUCACAAGUACAGAGCAAAUUGGCUACAUUUAACAAAUGUAAAGGAGAACUGGAUAUCUCCUAAAAGCUGGAUGGACAUAAUGCUGUGUGUUUACAGGUGCAGAGGAGGGAUUGUCUGUGUGUGCUCACAGAAUGGAUACGUGUGCGUGUGUCGUUAUAUGUACUAUAUUUAUUGCUUACCUCCUCAUUAUGUCACUAUACUGUGAUUUGUAUUACAGAUGGAAGAAUCAAUGACAGAAUAA